GCGCUGCUCAUUCCACCGCCUUGAGCACGUGGCUUGUGUGGUUCCAAGACUCUCCCCUUCUGCCUUCCUAAUAAGCCUUGUCAACGUCUGCUGCGCUAAUUAGUCACUAAUUAGUCAUCUCGUCAUUCUAGCUUCACUGUUCUCUGGAGAGGGAUGGCGGCCGGUCUGUCGCUUGCGUUCUGUUCGGUAGCGGUUGCGCCCGGUGUGGCGGCAGCGGGGGGGGUGUCUGCGCGGGAGUCGUCGCAAGGCGGCGCAAGGAUACAUCGGGCAUGUGUGGUCAAGGCUGGUCAUUGUGACUUUUUGUUCUCUGACUCUUUGAUGGGGGUCUCGUCGAAGUCCAUGUCCGCUUCAGAGUCGUCCUUUUGUGGGUUGUCCAAGUUCGACGGACCAUGCUCCUCUUCUCGACUGGAAGGCAGGAGAUCGUCUCGAGCUAGGCUUACCCCGAGGGCAAGGACGAAAGAAGUCUCAAGCCCAGUUAAGAAGGGAAGCGCAUCAACUGUGAGACCCAGAGUGGGAAUCAAUGGCUUUGGACGGAUCGGAAGGCUUGUGCUGAGAACUAUUAUGGAGAGGGGAGACAUGGAAGUUGUUGCUGUCAAUGAUCCUUUUGUGAUGACAGAGUAUAUGGCUUACAUGUUCAAAUAUGACUCGACCCAUGGACCAUUUCGUGGAGAUGUGAGAGCUGCUGACAAUGAAACGCUCAUAAUUGAUGGACACCGUGUUGCUGUACACAAUUGCCGGAACCCGUCAGAGAUUCCUUGGGGCGAAUAUGGAUUGGAUUUUGUCAUCGAAGCCACUGGCGCUUUCACAACUCUCGAGAAGGCAUCUGCACAUUUAAAGGCUGGCGCACAAAGAGUGGUUAUCACUGCACCUUCGGCGGAUGCACCUAUGUUCGUUGUCGGUGUGAAUGAAAGAUCUUACUCUCCGGAAAUGAGCAUCGUGUCAAAUGCUAGCUGCACCACCAACUGCCUCGCUCCAAUUGCCAAGAGGACAGUGGACGGGCCGUCUGCGAAAGACUGGCGCGGUGGAAGAGGUGCUAGCCAAAACAUCAUUCCGAGCUCCACGGGCGCUGCUAAGGCUGUCGGUAAGGUACUCCCAGAGCUGAAUGGAAAGCUCACGGGAAUGGCAUUCCGCGUUCCCACACCUGACGUCUCGGUCGUUGAUCUGACUGUGAGGUUGAAGACGCCAGCAUCGUACGAGAUGAUUAAGGCAGCGAUGAAGAUUGCAGCAGAGGGUCCCAUGAAGGGAAUUUUGGGGUACACUGAAGAUGCCGUUGUUUCAACAGAUUUUGUUGGGGACAGCAGGUCCAGUAUAUUUGAUGCAAGUGCAGGGAUAUCUUUGAGUGACACUUUCGCGAAGGUUGUUGCUUGGUAUGACAACGAGUGGGGUUACAGCUGCCGUGUGGCGGACUUGAUCAAGCACAUUGCCAACGUUGCUGCUCAUGCGCGAACAGCGAACUGAUAGAGUAUGCGGUAGCACUCAUGUUUGCAGCGGAGCGAUGUCAGUUUUCCGGGUCGUCAGGGUCUUCCGUCCACUUUGCGCUCGUGGCAUAUGUCCGCCAAAGACAACCAAUCUGUUCAACUGUGUAGCCCAUGGUCUGCUCCACUGCCCUGGUACAAGAGUGCACGUCUGUGGUACAAGACUGCACCUUGUGUCAUCCCGUUUUAUCUCUUCCAGGUCCUCAUACACGAUUUGCGUACGAUAGGUUGGUCGCAUCAGUCAGGACUCGGGAGUAGCGUGUUCAUCUCCCCUCCUUCCUCGAGAUGGGUUAGCUUUUCCACCUGCCACAUUUUUUGCAGGAAAUGCAAUGAAUGUGGCAGGUAGAUUCUGAGAUAUGCCUUUGAUCAGUGGGUUGGCGCCAUUUUGUGGGAGUGUGUUUUGGGUGAGAAAGGCGUGCGGACUUUGCAGAGGAUAACUUAACAUCAGUGGAGGGGGGAACAAAUUAUGGGCUGUGUAGUGGACACUCUGGCGAGUCAUGGUUACUGGCGCAAACAGGUGGAUGAUGCCAUGAACAGAGUAUCAUGGCAUGAAUAAUAAAUAUUGAUUCCGAAGCAGUGGAUAAAGAUUCACUUGCAUGGUUUUACGGUCAGGUACUUUUUUGGAACAAAUGAACGAUGUGGGCGACAGCUCGUCUGACGUAGGCACAUGAGAAGCAACAGCUGGUUGUGUGGGCAUCUACUGGUAAUCUAGGGCAUCUACAUCAAGCCCUUGACAGUGCCUGUCGGCAUUCUUUUUUCUUUUUUUUUUUUUUCUUUUUUUUUUUUUGGAUCACAUUGAUGCUGUGGCUUCUCGGCAUUUUUAAAUAUGACAUUUGUAGUUUCUGAUUUUUUUGGGGGGGGUCACACCUAUUCUUUGGUCUUCAGAUGACUUGCGACAUUGUUCUUGGGUGCGAGGAAUGUCGUUAGAGACUGCUCCGGCGUUUUGGAAUAUAGGGAGAGCACUGAGCAGAGCAUUUUGGGGGUAGCCUGAGAGCAGGCGUACCUUCUGUUGGGCACGUAGCAACAGCUCCAAAUUUUUGACCUCUUUGUAUCACAAGCUCAUGGCAUAGCAUUUUGGGGGUAGGCCGACUGCAGGCCUACCUUCUGUCGGGCAGGUUGCGACAGCUUGACAGCUCCAAAUUUCUGACCUCUUUUGUCUCACAAGCUCAUAGGUCAUGUUGAGGUGAUGGUGAAAUUGCACUCAGAAACAUGCAACAUCCGAUAGCAUUCACUUGGACAUAUCCAAAGGUCGGUCCACAGGGACCUAUCAUACAUCGUGACAAGACAUCAAUCCUAUCAAUUCUUAGCCAGAUACAUCCGCAAUCAAUUACGUAGGAAGGCAAUCCGAAGUAUGGGAGAUGGAGGAAAAGAAAGGACAGGGACCGAGAAGAUAAGCGAGAGAAUAUACGAAAAAAAAAAAAGAUGAAGACGAGUAAACACGGCAUCAAAGUCUUUCUCCCGAACGUGACUUGCUAGAGUAGGCUCAAAAAUAAGAGAAUGAAUAACAUAGCCUGUA